AUGCUGGUGCUGGUGCUGGUGGUGCUUAUCCCCGUGCUGGUCAGCUCCGUGAGCAAUGACAACAGCCACUAUGAGAUGCUGGGCACCUGUCGAAUGGUGUGCGAUCCAUACCAGAACAAGGGCACCACCACGGGCAUCGCCAGCACCGGCUCUUCUGUACAGGCCGAGGCCGAGGCUCUGGCCGACCACAGCAACAUGCCUCCACCCUCUACGCUCCUCCAGGGGCCACCGGGGAAGCCGGGCCGACCAGGCAAACCCGGACCUCCGGGGCCUCCAGGGGAGCCAGGGCCCCCGGGUCCAAUGGGGCCCCCGGGGGACCGGGGGGACAGGGGCCGAAACGGGGUUCUGAGUCUGGGCAAUGAUGGAGCUAUCAGCACAGUUACAUACAACACGCACCCACGAGUGGCUUUCUACGCUGGACUCAAAAACCCACACGAGGGCUACGAGAUCCUCAAGUUCGACGAUGUGGUCACCAACCUCGGCAACAACUAUGAUGGCACUUCGGGAAAGUUCAUCUGCAGCGUGCCCGGCACAUACUUCUUUAUCUACCACGUUCUGAUGAGGGGAGGCGAUGGAACCAGCAUGUGGGCUGACCUGUGCAAGAACGGACAGGUGCGAGCCAGUGCGAUUGCUCAAGAUGCUGAUCAGAACUAUGACUACGCCUCGAACAGUGUGAUUCUGCAUCUAGACGCUGGCGAUGAAGUCUACAUCAAACUGGAUGGUGGCAAAGCCCACGGGGGCAACAACAACAAAUACAGUACCUUCUCUGGCUUCAUUCUGUACGCUGACUGAAUAUGUGAGUGCAGAGGAAAAGGAGUUGGGGAAAGAAAGAGGAAAAGCGAAAGGAAAAGGAGCAUUCAUCAACCCAGCGCUUUUUUUUUUUUUAUCAGGAUCUCACCGUUGCUUCAGCACUUCUACUUCAAACUGUGGAACAAGGGUUCAGUAGCUUCUCUUUGAACCACCUCACCGAUUGAUUUAAAACAAGGAAAUAAAGUGAUAAAUAGGACAUUUUUCUCUUUCAGUUUUGAAAGAGGGUUUCAUUUAAGACUCCAAGAGUGACUUGCAGAGAUCUUUAACCUCUUCAUGGUGUGCUUCUCCUCAGUAAAACUUUCUUUACCGACAAAUAUCUAAUUUUGAAAUAUCCCUGUGGAAAAAAAGUGUUUCUUUUAAAGGAUAUAUGAUGACAAGUUCUGUAUUCAUAGAAUUAUAACGCUGGUGUUCGAUUUCUCCUCACCUCUACAUUGGACACAGCGCCUCCUGUUGGCUAUUGUUGGUAACUGGUUUUCAUCUGCAUUCUUUCCAUAUGUGUUGUUCUCUGUUGGGACUGCAGUAGCCAAUGAGCGUUGUGAAUGAAUGUUUUCAUUUUGUUUUUUCUUUACAGGCACUUGAUACUCAGUUUAGACAAUUGAUACUCUGCUGCUAUUCCCUCCUCCUAUGAUCCUUUUCCUCCCCGUCAAUUAGCACUCGACCCGAAACUCCCUCCUCUUGGUCUCCUCCUGCCCCUGCCAGUGACUGCAGAUGAGUUUGUACCAGUCUGUUCUCUUUCGUAUAAUCAUGAGUGACUGUAAAUGAUGGUUUAAAGGAUGUUUAUGCGUAUGCUUUAGUAUUUGUUAACGUGGUGUGGGGAAUAAAUGCAGAGCCUGAAUGU